AGUCUCAUCAUAUUUCUUAUUUUUAAACACGAACCUUUUUAAUUAAUCAAUUAAGAAGAAGAAGAAGAACAAGAAGAACACAAGUAGGAGCAGGAUUAUGUUACAGUAGCUAUGGCAGCAGAGAGGAUUGCAAUGAUCCUUUUCUUGAUUUUAAUCGCAGGAAAGGAUGCAAUUGGAGACUCGCUUGAUUCCGACAAGGAAGUGCUACUCAAUCUGAGGUCAUUUCUGGAACAAAAGAACAAAGUGAAUCAAGGAGAGUAUAACAAAUGGGACCCACAAUCCCAGACGCCGUGCACAUGGCCGGGAAUUUCAUGCUCCGGCAACCGAGUGACAGGGAUCAGCCUCCCUGACAACGACAUCGCCGGUGCUUUAUUCGGGAACUUCUCUGCCUUGACAGAGCUUACUCACCUAGACCUAUCAACAAACACUAUUGACGGCAGCAUACCACCAGACUUGGCCAGUUGCCGGAACCUCAAAGUAUUGAACCUGUCACAUAAUAUUAUGGGUGGCGGGCUCAAUUUGACUGGACUCACCAGCCUGCAAAUUCUCGAUUUAUCGAUGAACAGAUUCUCCGGCGACAUCAUGAUGAGUUUCCCCAGGGUUUGCAGCGGAUUGGUGGUUGCUAAUCUCUCCACCAAUUAUUUCACAGGAGAAAUAACGACUUCUAUGGACGUAUGCCCGAAGUUGGAAUACAUUGACGUGAGUUCGAAUCAUUUGACCGGAAACCUCUGGUUCGGGAUCAAUAGGUUUAAGGAGCUUUCCGUUUCUGAAAAUCGUCUCAACGGCACCCUCCCUGCAUGGAUUUUCCAGGGAAAUUGCACUUUACAGGCGAUGGACCUCUCCGGAAACGCAUUUUCCGGUGGAAUCCCGAAGGAGAUUUCGAAUUGUAAAAACAUGACGAUCUUGGACCUCUCCGGGAACCAUUUCACCGACAAAAUUCCAACGGAGAUUGGACUAAUUACAAAACUCGAGCAACUUUUAUUGGGAAACAACUCUCUUUCCAAAGAAAUUCCAGAGUCUUUGGUAGGGUUGACGAAUUUGAAAAAUUUGGACCUUAGUCGGAACAAUUUCACCGGAGAUAUACAAGAGAUUUUUGGACGAUUCACUCAAGUGAAAAACCUACUCCUCCACGCAAACGGAUACACCGGCGGAUUAAAUUCAUCGGGAAUACUUCGGUUGCAGAACAUUUCACGAUUAGACCUGAGUUUCAACAAUCUCUCAGGUCCAUUACCACCGGAAAUAUCUCACAUGGCAGGUUUGAGGUACUUAAUUCUCGCUGGCAACAGCUUCUCCGGGAGUUUACCUUCUGAAUUUGCAAAUUUGCGACGACUUCAAGCUCUCGAUUUGUCAGCUAAUAACCUAAACGGGUCAAUCCCUUUAAGUUUCGGACAGUUGACCUCUCUAUUGUGGUUAAUGCUCGCUAACAAUUCCUUAACGGGUCAAAUCCCACCUGAGUUAGGCAACUGUAGCAGCUUGCUGUGGUUGAAUCUCGCAGAUAACCAACUUUCCGGUUCAAUUUCACCGGAGUUGGCUAACAUAGGGAAGAAUGCGACACCAACUUUCCUGUUAAACAGAGAGAACAAUCCCAUGGCAGGCUCCGGAGAGUGCUCGGCGAUGAGAAGAUGGCUACCUGCAGAUUAUCCACCCUUCAGUUUCGUCUACACACUUCUUAACAGGAAGACUUGCAGGAGUUUAUGGGAUAAUUUACUUAAAGGGCACGGAAUUUUUCAAGUUUGCCUCCCGGGAUCGAACGUUCGGACAAAGCAGAUAUCUGGGUAUCUUCAACUCGGUGGAAACCGAUUAUCCGGCCACAUCCCGCCUGAAAUUGUGAGAAUGAAUAAUUUCAGUAUGGUGCAUUUGGGGUUUAACGAAUUUUCCGGUACGCUUCCUGCCGAAGUUGGACAAAUGCCACUUGUUGUAUUGAAUGUUACUCGUAAUAAAUUUUCAGGACGAAUCCCCAUGCAAAUUGGCUUUCUCAAGUGUUUGAGAAAUCUUGAUUUGUCUUACAAUAACUUUUCCGGUACGUUUCCGACCAACUUGAACAAUUUGACUGAAUUAAGCAAGUUCAACGUCUCCUACAAUCCGUACAUCUCUGGUAUAAUUCCGUCAAUCGGCCAGUUAGCUACUUUCGAGCAAUCAUCAUUCUUCGGUGACCCACUGUUAGAUCUGCCUUCAUUUAUAGAUAAUUCAACAAACGCCACAUCUGCAAAGGGUGGCCGGAGAUCAAAUCCAAGAAAAUGGGGCGCAGUUUUGGUGUUCAUGUUUCUACUCCUAGCUUUCACUGUGUGUGGAGUCAUGACAAUACUAGUCUGCAUAGUGAUGAAAAACCCCAUCGAUGAGCCUCCAUAUCUGAUAAAAUCCAGCCACCACUUCACCUCCAACUCAGGCAGCUCAUCACCGUGGUUAUCAGACACGGUUAAGGUAAUCCGAUUGGACAAAACCGCAUUCACACACGCAGACAUUUUGAAGGCCACAAGAAACUUUUCAAACGAUAGAAUAAUCGGGAGGGGCGGAUUCGGAACUGUUUACAGAGGUGUAUUACCUGAUGGAAGAGAAGUAGCAAUAAAGAAGAAAUUAAGAGAGGGUAUGGAAGGCGAACGAGAGUUUCGGUCAGAAAUGGAGGUUUUGACCCGAAACGGGUUCGGGUGGCCCCAUCCGAACCUAGUAACCCUUUACGGGUGGUGUUUAUACGGGUCAGAAAAACUUCUUGUUUACGAGUACAUGGAUGGUGGGACCUUAGAAGAUCUAAUUCAAAAUCAAACCGGGUUCAAUUGGAGAAGACGUAUCGAUGUUGCAAUCGAUGUGGCCCAUGCUUUGGUGUUUUUACACCAUGAGUGUUACCCUUCGAUCGUUCAUCGAGAUGUAAAAGCUAGUAAUGUGUUGUUGGAUAGAACGGGGAAGGCCCGGGUUACGGAUUUCGGGCUGGCCCGGGUGAUGGACGCCGGAGAUAGCCACGUCAGCACAAUGGUGGCGGGGACAAUCGGAUACGUGGCGCCGGAGUAUGGGCAGACAUGGCAAGCCACCACGAAAGGGGAUGUUUAUAGCUAUGGAGUGUUGGUGAUGGAGUUGGCUACAGGGCGGCGGGCGGUGGAUGGAGGGGAGGAGUGUUUGGUGGAGUGGGCGAGACGGGUGAUGGGAGACGGGCAGCAGUCCAUGAUUCCGGUGGCGGGCCUGGUGUGUGGUGGCGGCGAGGGGGCGGUGGAAAUGUGUGAAUUACUUCGGGUUGGAAUAAGAUGCACUGCGGAAGCACCUCAGGCGAGGCCAAAUAUGAAAGAGGUAUUAGAUAUGUUGAUACGGAUUCUUGCUAAUCGUACAGAUUUUAGCUAUGGGUCUUUACUAUCUUCUUAAUAAUGUAAAUGAGUAAAUCUAGAUAUUAUAUUCUGCAUAUAUAGAUUUUAGCAUCCUGUCAUACAUAGAUGCGGUGAAUUUUUGUAUUGUAAAUAGAUUCACAUGUAAUUUCAUAAAGAUUUUGGUCAUUAUAAUUUAUAAGAGCCUGUACUAGCUAGUAUCAUUUACAUUA